CCACCACCACCGCCACUGUCACCGCCACCGACGACCGGAGAGACGCACGUAGUCUAAACGUGAGACUCGUACGGACGUUGUCGUCGUCCUCGCCGGUUGCCUCUUCGUACACUCUGUUUUUCGAGCCAGCCCUCCGGUUGUACAUCGACUUCGUCCACCGUCAAUCAUCGUCUCCGAUCAACAACAAAAAGAUCUGGUUUUUGCCGAGUGUUGAACAACAAGAACCAAAAUGGCAGCCUUCGUGGCGAAGCAGAUGGUCGGCAACAAGCUGAACGCAGUUAAAGGAGCCGUUGGUGGCGAAGGCGGAGACGAAGAUGACAAGGAGAAGGAAGAGGAGGCCGAAAGGGAAAGGCAAGAAGCCAUCAGGGAGGCUGAGGAACGAAGGAAGGAGAAGCAUCGCAAGAUGGAAGAAGAACGAGAGAAGAUGCGACAGGAAAUCAGGGACAAGUAUAACAUAAAGAAGCGAGAAGAAGUACAAGAAAUGACCCAAGAAGAGCCGAAUCCUUUGAUGCGCAAGAAGAAGACGCCAGAGGAAUUGGCUGCAGAAGCCGAGGCGGAAGACGAGGACGAGAUUACAAAAAUCAAGAACGCGUUAGACACGCAUAUACAAGAGAUCAAAGCGCAAGUACUGGAAGGUAAAUGCGAUCUCCAAUAAGCCUACCUACACCCUUGAAGCGGUCGGUAAGGAGGGUGGUGCAUCAUGUGCUACCAGAGCCGCAUCCGCCUCUCAGCCCCUACGACAUCACGAGGAAGAGAACGAGCGAGAUCUGACGUGUUAUUGGAGAAGCGAAAGAAAAGAGCGAUACGGAAACUCACUACCAGCGUCGUCGUCGUUGCCGUCGUAAUCGUCGUCGUCGUGUUGUUCGAGCGUAGAUCGAUUCGGGAUUCGAAUUGGCCAGUCGUCCCUUAGAGAGCGUCGAGAGAAGCGACAAUCGCUCGAGACACCGCAACCAACGCCCAUCGCCCGUCCUCGGUCCUCCAACGACCAUCGAAUUAGAUUUUCUACGAGGGUACGCGCGGAACGAUCUUCAGAAACGAGCGCAUCGACCAAACAAGAGAAGAGUUACGAGCUUCGAUCAACAUUGCCAUCGUGUGAGAAGGACGUGUCAUCGUUGAGAACGAGUGGAUGGAACGAGACGAAUUCAACGGAUUAAAUUCGAGAGAUCAUCGUCGAUAGCGUUGUUAAUUGACUCGAGUGAUCUUGGAAAUUGAAGGCAGAAUUGAAGCAAGAAGCAAAUCGAGACGAUCUAGAGAUUCGAAGCUCGGCGAGGAUCUAGGAUGUCGAUGGUGAAGCGACGAAUCCAGAGGAAUUUCAGAAUCGAUACAAACGAAGAGGAUCUACUAGAGGCAUUACGCAUGAAAAUUCAUAGGGAAAAGAAACGAGGAAGACGGGGACGAUGUUAAACGAGGACGAUGACGGGAUAAAGAAAACUGCGGCAGACGUGAGAACGUAGGAAGUACGAGAUCGGCGAGAGUUCGUUUACGCCUUACGAUUCGAAGAAGGAAGAAGGACAGAGACGAUCGAAGUUAAGAAAAGGAGAAAAUGCAAGGUAUAAGAUCCGUGAGAAUUCGUAUAUGCGUUACGACUCGAAGAAAGAAAAUGAAAUAUCGGAAAGAAAUCUCGGCAAGAAAUAAGAUGGAACGUAAAAAACAGAGAGAGAGAGAGAGAGAGAGAGAGAGAGAGAAGAAGAGAAAGGAAAAUGAUUGGAUCGAUCAAAGUCUCUUCGGAUAUCGCACGAAUAUCAUGGCGUAAAUGAGACGUGAGGAGUCGAAGGGCGCGUGCAUAUAAAUAUACCUAUAUAUAUAUAUAAAUAUAAAUAAAGAAAUAUAUUAUAUAUAUAUAAAUAAGAAAAAUGAAAGAAGUAAAAAAAAAGACGUAAAAACUUAGUACCUAAGUUUCUAGUGAAUUUUUCGAAUAGUGGUAAAAAAAAAAAGGAAACUACCGGUAGCAGAGUUACGUAGUCACUAGUUCGUUCGACGGCUGUUCAAUAACAAGGAGAUCAGAAAGGAGGGAGUCAUUAUUAUUAUUCGAGUUAUUAAUUAUUCUCAUAGUUUAUUACCGCGGUCAUUGUUCUUAUUAUUGUUGCCAUUAAAUGUUUAUAUUUAGAAACAAGUUAAGACAAGGAUCGAGGGCCACGAGAAACUAGAGUCAAGAGACCAAGAGCUGAACGCAAGACGGAGAUGGAUUGCUGAGAGAGAGAGAAACGAAGAGAAAAAAAAGAAUUAACAUAGGAAACGAGUAAUGAGAAAAAACAAGAGUAACCGGCGGCCCUUGCUCUCCCUUCCGUCCAAAUUCGAAUUUUUUCCGAUUACCUCUCGGCGAUAUAGCUCGAUCGCGAUCGAUCCGUAGCGAAACGCGUAACACCUGAGCGAUUCUUAGGGACAAUUAGUUAGCAGACACAUUGCCGACAAAAGUGACGAAAAAAUAUAAAGUGGUUAUUAGACCAAAAAAAAGAAAAAAAAAGAAAAAACGGAAAAAAUCGACAAAACGAGAAAACAUUUUAACAUGUGCGCUUCGUUAAGAAUAGCUCGACGAAUCGAGCAGCACUGACUCUCGCGUUUAAAUGCAAACAAAUAAGAAAAAAAAGAAAAAAAAAGUACUAAAGAAAUGCCUUUCUUUCACGUUUAUACGGUGCGUUUCUAUCGAGUGUAAUUAUAUAGUAGGUUAAUUGUUAGAGAAAGGAAGAGAAAACUGAUUUAUAUGUUCGCUCGUGAACGAUCUUAGAACAUGAUAGAGAAGUGUCGCGAUUCGACGAUCGAGACUGUUCUUAGCAAGGAGUUUUCAGGUGUUACCGCCGGAAACGUUCGAGCAAAGUAGCCAUUGUUUCAUCCUUUCUCGAAGCGGUUCACCGGUCUUUCAUCGUGCUUGUUCGUCCGCGACAAACACGUUGUGCAUGAUGGACGACGCGUAAACGAUGAUGGACGGGAUGGACAGAGCAUCGACUGCCGGCAAGUAACGCGAGCCUUAUACAUAUACAGAAUUAACAAGAAACUAAAAAAUGCUCACGCACGAUACCAUUGCGAUAUACUUAGAGACUAAUUGGAAACAGGGGGAGGAAAAGUAUAAAGGAAACAUUUCGUCGAGCAAGCAAACGUUUCUUGUUCCUUCGAUCGGAAGAUCUACGUUUAAUGAAGAGACUGAGAGGAUAACUCUGUUUAAAUUAAAAUGUAUCUUGUAACAUAGAUUCUUGCGUAUAUGUCGUAAAACGUUCUGAGUUGGUAUAUGUAUAGGGCGGAUAAUGCCAGACGAAGCUGCGACGGAGAAUGAAAGCACGAAGAGGAAGAACGUGCCAUUUAACGCGUGACGCCGUUUUUUUGUAUGAGUGACGAGAUGAUACGAAAGUGUACUUUUUUUAUGUUCGAUAUCGUUCCUCGUUCUGGUACCGAUCUAUAUAUUCUUAUACAUCUUCUUCUUAUCUAUCGAGUCUUCUCAAAAUCUCUCAAUUGAUUCUGACUCUGAAGCAACAGCUAUCCUCUGAUUUCUUUGCGAAUUCGCGAUAUAUUCUCCUAACACGCGCUCUAUCAUACUUGAUCACUCGGAUUAGGAAAACAUUUCUCGACGAUAUGCCGCGAUACACGCGAGGAAAGAUCCAUCGGGUGUCGGGAAAAAAAAGAAUUCCAAUUGCUCGGACGAAGAGAAAUUAGAAAGAAGCAGAUGAAGCAGGAUCCGACGGGAGAAGAGAAAAGAUUGGAAAAAGCUUUCCUCGUCUCAUCGAGAUAAGCGUGUUACAUCUAGGACCGCGUCCCAGUUGAAAAAGAAAAGGCAACUUAAACGUCAGUCGAAAAUGAGAAGUCGGAAGGCCUUCUGUCCAAACGUUUUGCUAUAGAGACGAACGCAUGUCAGCUUUCUAUGUGCACUCUGCUGUUUCUCGAUGUAUAAACGUAACGCGGCUCUUCUAGUCGACGAUUAUCAGUCGUUCCGCAAGCACGUUCGCGGAUCUUUCCCGUUUGCCAAACUCCGCGACGCAAAUUCGACCAUCGAAAAGGCCAGCACGCCAGCCUUAACUUUGCCAGAAACUUUCCUCGAAAUUCGAUAAUAUCGUCGAUACUUUUUCGAACUUCGAAUCUCGGGUGAAUGGAAGCAAAGAAUAAUUUACGAUAUUAAAAAUUCCCAAACUUUUAACGCCCCGUUAUUUUAUCCGGCGGCAUACUGCCUCGGCAACUAUAUAAUUAUUUACGAAUAACGACGCAAAUCGGUAGUGUCGUUAUCGAUUUUCCUCGAACCAAGCGAUUCUCCGAUCGCUAAAUUCUCCAAACGAGCACGAAAGAACUAAUCGCGACGGGAAGAAAUUCAACGAACAGCUUCCUUGCUCGCUGUCCGAACUUUUGGAAAACCACCGCGCGCUCCGCUACUUUCUCCUGUCUCAAUGUCGUAAAAUACCUCUUGGCAGCUGUUCGUCCGCGAAAGACAAACCGACAACUUUUCCAAUGUUUCCAGUGUUCGGCUGUAUAUCCCUUCGACGAGAAUUACGAGAGAAGUUUCAGCGGAGACUUAAGGCUGGCGCGAUCGAGCACACAGAUUCGAUUUUAUGCCUUCCUUUGUUUUUCUUUUUUUCUUCUCUCUUUACCUUUACCUUAAUCGUUUUCAAUAAAAAGAAUGACCGAGGAGACGUUAUAUCGAUCGCGCCUUUUUGCGAAGCCACGGCGAAUUUUAAUCGUCGAACGCGGCGGAACGAGACAACCGAGAAACGAACGCGAAGCGGACGGGACGUGCUUCGAAUCUGAAUGUACUUGACGUAUAGUCUGUCUCGUGUCUCAACGUGCAUGCUACCUGCCUCUCUCUUGUCUGUCGAUGUCAAUGUCGAUGUCGUUGGUUGGAUCUUCUCUUAUCACGCGUGAGAUCUUCGAGGAUCACUCGACCAAAGAUAGAGUUCAAACUAGAACGUGUAUUUUGCUACCUGAGCCGAACGCUGACGAAGAAAGUACAGAAGAUUAUAGUGCGACAUAUCGCGAUGAUUUUCGAAGAUCCGCAGACUCGCAUCCUUUCUCUCUGUAACCGAUCGAUCCACUAGAUGGAAACGCUUUAAAAGUACCUAGAACGAUUUUACCCUAAUCCUCCUUGUUCCUUCAAACUGCGCCCAUUUCCUCCGCGUCCAGGCAUCCUGAACCGACCGAAUUCAACAGAAAUAAUAACCUGUCUCGCAUAUUCUAAUCCUCCUGCGCGAUCUACUUGAUAUACACUUGAAGUCAAUUACUCGAUUAUUAACCCAAAGAUGUAUACAUUAUAUUAUCUAUAUUGAUUCUAGAGAAUAUAUAUGCUCGUACGUUCUUUUCGUUUUUUUUUCUCUUUCUUGUGGCGAAUUUUCCAUACAAACGUGAACACACCAAGUUAAAUAACCAGUUGAUGGAAAGCACGAUUUCGGUGUAGAAGAAGACGGGUUUCAGCGUAGCUCGAAGCGAAAUGUUUUUAGAGACAGACCGUUCUUAUGAUUACGAUUAACAGGAGAAAAAAUAAUUAAUUGGACAUCGAGUUAACCAGACAACUUCGAACGACAGCAGUGUAUAGCUCAUAGACUGUUUUCCUAUUCCCCACGCUCUCUUUAACUAUUUCUGUACCUCCCUCCCUCUCUCUUUCUCCCUUGCUCUUACUAUUCUGCUCUCAUCUUUUGAUCGUAACAAGUUUUCUCUCCGCCUGUCGUCUCAUAGCCCCUUUGCUCGAUGUAUCUCCUACGCUACGCUCGAUUGUUCUCUUUGAAGUCACGACUACUUAAUGCAUGUGUCACGUAAAAACGAACAAAUAAAACGAAUACAAAAAAAAAACAUAAUAUCUUACUGUCGUAACCGUUACUGUUGAUUAAUGUCGUGUGUCGUUGUUGUUUCUCGAUGUGAUCAACAUAAAACGUUGUUCGAUGUACUGUCUAGUCAAUGUUCACGCUUUAGUCUCAGUAGUUCGUCUUUUUUCCUUUCUUCUCCCUUAUACGUACAUAUUGCGUUACACGUUGUUCAAGCUUUCUGUGUAAAAUUCAACGAUCGAUUAAAAGCUUUCUGUGCCAUUUAAUUCGAUGUAGUUUAAUUUAAGCGUAAGCAAUGCUUAGCACACUGUGUCAAAGAUAAUUUUCUGUUCGGUUGCCGUACGUGAAAUUGCUGAUUUCAUUGGUAGCGGCUGAAAGUGUCGUUAAGUAAUUUUGACGUUUAUAUAUGAUUCAUAUGAUACGUUAUAUUUAUAUGAUAUAUCAUACGUGAUAUUUGUUAUUCAAUUUUAAAUUUCACGCUAAUUAAAUGCAACACGAUACUUUGUCGAAGACAGAUCGUGUGUCAAAUCGAAAUUCGAGUGCGUUCUUUGUAAAACUUCAAACUUCUUGAUUUAGAUCGUUAAAUAUAAAUAUAACGAAUGAACCGAAAUAUUCUCAACGAUGAUCGGUUAAUGAUUUUAAUUGCCAUAAUCAUAGCUUCCUUUUAGAAUACGUAUUCCUUCCCGAAUACGUUUAAUCGUAAUACCAUUAAUAUUAUUUUCAACGUUAAGAAAUCGGCCAUUUCACUUGAAACGACUUAGUGUAAGUUCCUAUAAAACUUUCAAUUUAUAUUUCAAACUUUCGUUUGCGAGAGAUCUUCGCGUAUUCUUGUAUUCGAUAAUCCGUGAAAUUUGCUUCAGGCCAUUUACCGACGAUUUUUCACCAGCGUAAACGUUCAUCCACCAGUUGUCGCGUGUAUGCGUGCAAAACACGAACACAAGUUGUUGAAACGCGAUAGACGAAAAGGUACAGUUCCCCUCGAAAGGUAAAAUUCGACGGUGUUCGAAACCAACGAGACAAGAGUAAUCCGGAGAUAUGCUAAAACAUAAUCUACGCGUGACAAUCUUCUGUGAUUCUCGCUAUAUCGAAGGAAAAAUAACGCGGUCCGAGAAAUAAAAAGGAAAUAAGAACGGAGAAUGGAUUUUCAGAGAAAUAGAAAAUGUAUCAGUCGCGUGAAUACUCUCCAGACUUUCUCUUGUUCUUUGAUUCUUUUGAUCUUUUCCAUUGGUACGGAACUGUUGAUCUUCGAUCUCCUUAAUUCCCUUUAACGAGUGUUUUUCCACUUCCACUUUGCACACGCACCUAACAUCGCACGAUUCUAGGCGAUUUAUCGCUCUAUCCUUCGCAUCCUUUACCUGAAGCCACCCUAAGCCUGUAAAGCGGCACGUGGCAAGUGAUAUAAACGAAUACUUAAAUCUACUUAAUUCGUGUUUCAUAGACGAUCGUAAUCGUGAAGAUAAAAAAAAAUGAACAAAGGAUUGAAUAAAAAAAGAAAAAAAAAAGAGAAUCUAGCGACUCGUGUCUGUUUUCGACGUGACACCCUCGAACGUAGCGUUCUAUCAAAGAGACGGAUGAGCCAACGAAAGUUGCUGGUAAUUGACGAUCUCGGUAAAUCUGACUGUAAUUAGAAAGUAUACUAUCGUAGUACUCGCUAGCAAAGUACAACUGAUCCGUCGAAACGAGACACGCGUGCAAUUAUUAUGUAAAAGAUAGUUGACGAACCUUUCUUAGGUACUUAAUUAUCGGGCGAGUGUUUCAAGCAGGACAAACCGAAGAAAUCAGAAAGAAUGUAACGCGUUAGGUACGAUAUGCGCCGAAACGUUUAAGAUUAUACGACAAAUGUAACGUUCUUUUCUCUAUGUACAUAGUCUCGCGUAUAACCUAGACCUGCGUUUAGUAUAACCGAGAAAGUUUUCGUGAUGGUUUCGUUCUACGUAACCGCGUCAAGCGAAAAGGAUGAACGGAAGACGAGAUGUUAACCGUGUCUCCUGGAAGCUCGGGACACCGUUCGCGUCCCAAUUUUCCAAUUCGAGCGUCCGAUUUUUGCUCGAGCCAGGGAAAUCCGUAAGGAAGCAGAAGGCGAGGACGGAAGGUGUGUCCCGAAGUUCGAGGACGGAUUAAUACCGGAGAUUAAUACCGGCGUAACUCGCGAGGAAGAACCGACUUGACUUAUUCAGAGACAACGACACAACGCAUUAUAAAGUAAUAAUGAUAACUUAUCGUUAAAUCAACGUACUAUUGUUAUGAUCUCUUACAUUAUGACGAUGAUCUCGACGACGAGACGAUUGCAUAAUGUAAAACGCGUUCGCACGUGUGUUUUUUCAAUGCGUUCACAAGAAACAAAGUACGAACUAAGCGAGAGAAAAUACCGUUCAAACACACGUAACACCUACACACGGAGAAACGUUCGAAAAGAAAAAAAGAGGUAAAUAAAUAAAGAUAGAAGGUAAGACAGGAGAAAAUCACGAUGUUAAGUAAGUAGUCGUUAGCUUUGUAUACAAGGGAGUGCAGAACAAAGACGAAGACGACGUUAAAGGGAAAGAGAGAGGGAGAGCUUCGAUAAUUGGAGAGUCCCGAGGCGAAAAGAUACACACGAAAAACGGUACUUUUCAGCAGCUGCCAUUCGACGAGAGGUUCGUGUACCACCAUCUUCGAGCGGACUUGUGCGAUUUUUUGGAUAGGGAUUCCGUGAACACGGUACUGGCUGUCGCUCGAUCCUGCAAAACUCCAUUAUAUUACACGCUAAUCGCCAAAGGAUGGUCUCGUCGCAUAGAAAGCGACAUUCUCUCCGACGCUAAAUCCAAUUUACUUUACACAGAUGCUAUAAAUUCUUGUUGGCAAAAAAUUUCAAACCGUUUCCAUGUUACCGGCGGCGAGCGUGUGAAUAAUUUAGACAAAGCGACUCCCGACUCAAAUUGAAUGUUGGUGUCGCUCGAGACCUAAGGUCGUUCGAAAUUUCCUUUAAAAAUGGAGAUAAAAAUGCGAAUCGGCUGACUCGCUCUAGGAACGAGCGCACGACGCAAAAAAAAAAAGAGGCUGCAAUAAGCGCGUAUUCUAUUUUUCGAUCGUUAUUCCCGGCGAUUCGAGUAACAGCUUGUUUGACCGUGUCGCGACAUCGCGACGUGUACGUAGAUCACACCUGUACCGUGCCCGGUAUCUUCGUAAAUUCGUUGAAUCGAGAAGCAAUACUAUAGAUGCCUAUAAUUACUAAUGUUAUACGUUUCUUAUACAACAACAAAAUAAAAAAAAAAAGAGGAAGUUGAAAAAGGAUUAGAGAAAAACUCGCGUACACACGCACAUCAGACACUGUAUAUGUAUUUAACAAUCAGAGUUACACAAGCACACCGCGCGAUAACGAAACGAAAAGGACGGAAACAUCGAUGCCCAUCUCGUCGAUGUUUCUUCUUACGAUCGGCGCGAAAAAAUAGAAAAAAUGAAAAAAAAAUCCAAAAAAAGAAGGUAUGAAAAUAUGUUACUCUCAACCUCGAACUCGAAACUCUGUAAUUGCGACGCGUACGUUCACACAUCGAUCUCUGUGUAAUUUUAUAUUUCGACGUUCGAAGAUGCGAAGCACUUUAGCUGCAUGCAACGACCAAUAAUUAUCGUAAUCGUUAAUCGUGUAGAGUUGCACCGAAAAUAGAGGAACGAUGUAAAAGGAACGGUUAAACGUGGUGGAAAGAAGGGAAUAAAAUAAAGAGAAAAUUGAGAGGAAGGAGAAGGGCAUAUGGAGUCGUUCGAAAUGCCCAAAAAUCGCACGAAGCUUGCUCGGCAGAUAAGAAAAGCGGGUUCGCGGAGAACGUACGAUGAAGAAUAGCAUCGAAGAGGGGAAUAGUAAAAGAUCUCUUGUAUGAGUUAUAGAACGCUUAGUGGCUGAAUCACUGGAACACGAAUGGGUUGAUUGUUAAGAAUGAAAUAUUAAUGUAACAUGCGAAGAAGAGAAUAGGUAACGCCGGAUGGUGGAUGAUGAUGAUAAUAUUAUAUAUUGUUGUUAGAUCAUGUAUAAUAUAUAUACACAUAAACAUUGAUAUAAAAAUAAAGUAACCUAGAUAUUAAGCGACCACUUAUUCACACGUUACAUAAACACAUACGUACACGUUCCCUGUGCACAUGAAAGUUAACCGUUUAUUUAGCGAAUUAAACGACUACGCAAAAAAGAAAAACGCAAGAUUUUUUUUAAAUCGUUUCUUUUGCCAUUUCGAUAAACCGUCUCGGCAUUUUAUUUCCUAUGUGAUAAUCGAAAUCUUUCUUUCACCACGGAGAUUUCUUCGAAGGUUAACGUACAGUACCGAAUAAUUAUUCGAACGAUACAUCCUUCGUGUUUCGUUUAAUUUCAAUUACGAGCGUUUUUCUAUUUUUAUCUACGAUUAUUUAUAGAAACGUUGAACGCUAUUCUAUUACAUUAUUGACUAAAAAUUGUGCGUUAAAUUUAAAUUGUUCAAGAAACUUUAAACUCCGAAAGGAUUUAAAUUGUUAAAUUUCGAUUUGAAAUUGAAAACUUCAAAAGUAAAUUAAAAGAUUUUUAUUCGAAUUCUUAAAUUAAAGAAAGAUUAGAAUUAUUCCACUAAGUAAUAAUUCGAAUAAUUAUGACGGAUAACGUACAUACACGGAAAAUCGAUCUCGGAGAUUGAUGAGUAGGCGUGUGAAAUUUUCAAAUAGGUAAAACGUUUGCCCGUGCCAAAUAAAAGGUUAAUAGAGGUGCGAACACAGAUCACAGGCAUCGUUCACACACAUGCAGGAACACGACACGAUACGACACGACAGGACACACGAUUUCGUAGCUGUACCCGUGAGCAUCCCCCGUCAAACCAAUCCCUGGGCAUGGUCUCGGCUCUUGGUUACGCGUAAAAAAUGCAUAGAGUCCUAUACUCUCUAUUCGUCCCUCCUCUUGACCCUUGAAACGACGACAGAAGAAAAGAAAAGGAGUCGAGGCUUCUUUAGGUCGCGUCACUCGUCGAUCUUUCUUCUCGAUAGAAAGGAAAGAAAAUUUCAAGCAUCAAAUAGGAGGCGACUGCCACGAAUCAGAGUCGAAAGCUUGUACGAAACGAGAAACGAAGCGGGGAUAAAAUCAAAAA